AUGAAGUUUCUCAGCGUUAUCGCCCCGGUCCUCUUGGUCUUGAGCGGGCCCAGCAUCGCCUCCCCAACCCCUGAACCCGAGUACCCUACCAUCAGCAACACCACCGUGGUUGACGAGUUGCUUGCUAAGCGGGCCACCUGUUCCGGCUCCCUCAGUACCUGGACCUCAUCCUCUACAACAUGCACAGGAACUGCCGGUCAAGUCAUCACCAACCCUAACAGCGGCCAGUGCUACACCCACGGUUCUGGCGCCGCCCAACUUUUCAGACGUGCUUUGUGGAGUGGUUCCUCGGCCACUGUUACCUUCUAUUCGUCGACCAACUGCAAUCCUGGCACUGUCGUUUCCACCACCACCACUGGCCUGCUUUGCUGGGCCGGAUGGGAGUUUUGGAGUUUCAAAGUCACAUGCUAG